AUGAGUGGCCAACUCCUGCUCCUGGCUGUGCUCCCGGCGCUCCUGCGUCCUCCAGCUGCCAUGGCACAGAAGAGGAGCCAAGCAGUGUGUGAGGAUGUGCUGGAGGCUGACAUCGCCUUCCUGGUGGAUGGCUCAUCCAGCAUUGGAAGGAACAACUUCCGUGCUGUCCGCACCUUCAUGGAGGAGUUGGUGGGGCCCUUUGUGCAGGUGGUGGGUGAGAAGGCAGUGCGCUUUGCCAUGGCACAGUACAGUGAUGACCCACGGGUGGAGUUCUCAUUCUCCCAGCACACUGAUGGCACAAGUGUCCGGAGGGCCAUCCAGCAGCUGAGCUACAAGGGUGGCAAUACACGGACAGGCGCUGGCCUCCGCUACAUUGCUGACAACUUCUUUGGCCCCACGCAGCGCCGGCCUGGGGUCCCCCAGAUCUGCAUUCUCAUCACGGAUGGCAAGUCCCAGGACGAUGCCGAGGGGCCGGCAGCGAAGUUGAAGAGCCAGGGCAUCAAGGUCUUUGCCGUGGGUAUUAAGAAUGCUGAUCGCAAGGAGCUGAUCCGUGUGGCCUCAAUGCCUACUGAGGCCUUCUUCUUCUACAUCGGCGAUUUCAAGCUGCUGGACACGCUGGUGCCACUGAUGACACGAAGGGUGUGCACGACUGUUGGGGGCACCCUGCGCCUGCUGGAUGGGCCAAGCCACGCUGGCCCCUCCAACCUGGAGAUCCCGGAGCAGGGCCUCGACAGUCUGCAGGUCCGCUGGAGAGCAGCCAGUGGUCCCAUCACUGGCUACCGGGUGCAGUACGUGCCACUGACAGGGCUAGGGCAGCCCAUCAUGGCAGAGAGGCAGGAGGUGAGCGUGGGGCCACGGGAGACAAACACCGUGCUACGGGGACUGCGUGUUGGGACAGAGUACCUGGUCACUGUCACUGCCCAGUAUGCCAACAGCAUCGGCGAGUCGGUGUCUGGCCGAGCACGAACCCGACACCUGGUGGGCGUGCAGCACUUGACUGUCCACAACGUCUCAGCACAGAGCAUGCUGCUGGCCUGGCAGUCUGUCAGGGGCGCGAGCGGCUACCGGCUCUCCUGGGCAACCCGCACUGGGCAGGACAGGCGCAGGGUGGACCUGGAUGCCGGGCAGGUGUCACAUGCAUUGGUGGGGCUGCAGCCCAACACUGACUAUGUGGUGACAGUGGCCCCACUGUUCGGGCAGCUGGAGGGGCCCACAGCCACUGUGCGGCAGAGGACAGAGGCAGGUACAGACCAGAUGCUGCAGACCAACAUCCUGGGCCCCACAUCCAUCCAAGUGCUCUGGACCAGUGCCCGUGAUGCUCGUGGCUACCGUCUGGAGUGGAAGAGAGCCACAGGACCAGAGCCCCCCAGAACAGUGUCUCUCCCCAGCAGCACCAAUACUUACCAGCUGACGGGGCUGAAGCCAGGCACCGAGUACCGCAUCACCCUCUACACGCUCUAUGAUGGUGGGGAGGUGGCCACCCCUGUCACCACCUUUCAGACAGGCGUGGAGGCACCCGUGGGUGCUGUGUCAGACCUGCGUCUCGUUGAGGAAUCGGGCAGGUGGGUACGGCUGAGCUGGACCGGUGUCCCCGGUGCCACCGAGUACAAAGUGGUGGUGCGCAACAACCAGGAUGGCACGGAGAGGACGAGGCGCAUCCCAGGCAGCCAGACGGGGCUGGAGCUUGGUGACCUCCGGGAGGGCAUCACCUACCUGGUGCGUGUCUCAGCACUAGCGGGCAGCCAGGAGGGCAGUGCUGCCACACUUACCGUCCGCCUCAAGUAUCCAGAGGUGGGCAGCAUUUCGGAUCUGCGGGUGAUGGAGGCCGGUCCCAGCCAGCUGCGGGUCACCUGGAGAGGGCUCCCAGGUGCCGGGGGCUACCUGCUGACGUGGCAAGGCAGUGACGGUCUGAAGAAAUCCCGCUUCCUCCCUGCUGACCCCACCACCUUCACCAUUGAUGGGCUGCACGCCAACAUUGUCUACACCGUCGGUGUCUCAGCCAUUGUGGAUGGCCGUGAGGGCAGCCCUGUCACUGCCACGGGACGGAUAGUGCCGGAGCAGGUGGGGAAGGUGACCCAGCUGGAGGUGCAGGCAUCCAGGAGCAAUGUUGCCCGUGUCACUUGGGUCGGUGUGCCGGGAGCCACUGCCUACCGUGUGGUGUGGAGCCGCAGGGACGGGGGGUCGGAGAAUAGCCGGCGAGUUCCUGGCCACACCAACUCCUUUGACAUCCCCAACCUGGAGGGAGGCGUCUCCUACACUGUGAAGGUGACGGCACUCAUUGGCAACCGGGAAGGCAACCCCGUCUCCGUUGUGGUCACCACCCCGGAGGCAGUCCCCCUACGCCCCGUCAGCGGCCUCCAGGUGACGGAGGCCUCGGAGCACCGCCUGCGCCUGGCCUGGCUGCCAGUGGCUGGCAGCACUGGGUACCGUCUGUUCUGGCGCCUGGCUGAAGGGGGGCCCCAGCAUAGCCAGCAGCUCCCAGCCACCUCCAGCUCUUAUGCCCUGGCGGGACUGGAACCGGGCCGGCACUACCAUAUCAGCAUCACCAGCCUGGCUGGCAGCCGGGAGAGCGAGCCAGCCACCAUCACUGCCAUCACCACUGCCUCAAGCCACAUCACCAGCCUGCGGGUGACAGAGGUGCAGAGGGAUUCGGUGACUCUCACCUGGACCCCAAUCCCCGGUGCGUCUGGCUAUGUCCUCUCCUGGAGUCCUCCUGCAGCUGGUGGGGAGAAGGGGCGGACGCUGCCCAGCACUGCCAGCUCCCAGCAGGUCUCUGGGCUGCGCCUGGGCCAGCGCUACACCUUCACCCUCCGGCCGCUCCUGGGGAGCACACCCGGUGCCGAGGCGUCCGUCACUGAACGCACAGUCUGCAGGGAUGCCCUCGGUGACGUGGUCUUUCUAGUACACGGCACCCGCAACAGCUCCUCUGGUGCCAACGCUGUCCGCACGCUGCUCUCCAACACCGUGUCUGCCCUGGGCCGCCUGGGCCCCGAGGGCACACAGGUGGCCCUGGCCACAUACAGCUACCGCAGCCUACCCUGGCUGCUGCUCAACCGCUCCGGUGACCUGCCCACCGUGCUGGAGCAGAUCCGUGCCAUGCGCUAUGAGGAGCCCAGCGGCAAUGCCAUCGGGGCAGCCAUCUCCUUUGCCAGGACCUACCUGCUGAGUCCUGGUGCAGGGCGCCGUCCCGGGGUGCCAGCAGUGCUGGUGGUUUUGGCUGACAGCCCCUCUGGGGAUGAUGCCAUCACCGUGGCCAGGGAUGUCAAGGCUGGGGGGGUCCAGGUACUGGCAGUUGGCCUGGAGGGGGCAGACCGGGAGCAGCUCCGGCGCAUGGUCACCAGUGAGGACCCACGGUACAUCUACCAUGGCAGCGACCUGGCAGAGCUGGAGGGAGAGCUCACUGAUGACCUCUGCACCAUCAUCUCCACCAGGGGCGAGAAGGGAGACCGCGGUGAGGCAGGUCGCCACGGGCUUCCUGGCUCUCCAGGACCACCAGGGCCACAGGGUCCCCCAGGAGAGAGUGCCGAGGGUCUGGGCAAGAAGGGGGACAGGGGCAUCCAGGGCAUCCCUGGCCCUCGAGGGGAUCCUGGGACACGUGGGCCCAUGGGACUUACUGGCCCAAAGGGGGAGAAAGGUGAACCGGGAGAGCCCAGGGUGAUCACGGAUGGAGAACAGGGGCUGCCAGGCCCGAGAGGGGAGCCGGGUGUGCCGGGCAGCCCCGGCUCACCUGGGAUCCCUGGCCCACGGGGGCCUCUUGGUGAUCCGGGCCCUCCUGGUCCACUCGGACCCAUGGGGCUACCAGGACCUCCAGGAGAGUUUGUGAAGGGAGAAAAGGGUGACCGAGGAGAAAGGGGCCCCCCUGGAUUCGUAGAUGGGGCAGUACCUCGAGGGGACCCUGGACCCCCAGGCCUCCCUGGGGACCCUGGGCCUCGGGGACCUGCUGGGCCCCCUGGCCUGAAGGGAGAGAAGGGUGAUGGUGCAGAAGGUUUUCCAGGCUCACCUGGCCGCCCCGGGGACCCAGGAGACAGGGGUCCUCGGGGACCGCCGGGGGAGCAGGGCAGGAAGGGAGACCGUGGGGCACCGGGCGAGCUGGGAGAGACGGGUGAGAAGGGAGACCGUGGUGUGCCAGGCCCAGAGGGUGAGAAGGGUGAGAUGGGAGCCCCAGGGCACCCGGGGCCGUCAGGCAGAGAGGGAGCUCCAGGACCGACUGGCCCCCGGGGGGAGAAGGGUGAAAGAGGUUUCCCCGGACCAGAAGGACCUCCUGGCCCCAAGGGUGACACAGGCGAUAAAGGUGCCCGUGGUCCCCCUGGCCUGAGCAUCCCAGGGCCAGCUGGCCCCAAAGGCGAGCAGGGCGAUCGGGGCAUCGUUGGCCUCACAGGCAGGAGUGGCCCAAAGGGUGACCCAGGAGAGCCAGGGGAGAAGGGGGAGCCGGGCCGAGCAGGCACCCCUGGGCAGAUCGGGCUGCGAGGCAAGGAGGGAGAGCGAGGAGAGAAAGGUGACGAAGGCACACCGGGUGAAGCGGGUCUGCCUGGCAAGCCUGGAGACAGGGGUCCCCGGGGCCUUCCUGGCUACCGUGGCCCCCCCGGGGAGAAGGGUGACCUGGGGGACCCAGGACCUGAAGGCAGGAACGGCAGCCCUGGAGCACCAGGGAGCAAGGGUGACCGUGGAGACCCGGGGCCCCCCGGACCCCCAGGACGAGCUGUCGAUGCUGGGCUCGGAGGAGUGGGGGCAAAGGGUGAGAAGGGGGACCCUGGGGACCCGGGUGAGGACGGCGCCAAGGGUGCCCGGGGUGAUGCUGGCUCCCCUGGAGUGCCUGGAGAGAGGGGUGUGGAGGGCCCCCGUGGCCCCCCUGGCACACGGGGUGACCCUGGGGACCGAGGCCUGCCAGGAGAGAAGGGGGACCGAGGCCCGCCAGGGCUGGAUGGCCGCAACGGGCUGGAAGGCAAACCUGGGCCCCCAGGGUCCGCUGGGCUGCGGGGGGACCCGGGAAAGCAGGGAGAUCCUGGCCGGGAUGGGCUGCCUGGGCUGCGUGGGGAGCAGGGACCACCUGGCCCCGUGGGUCCCCUGGGACCACCUGGCGUGCCUGGCAAACCCGGUGAGGAUGGCAAACCUGGCCUGAAUGGCAAGAAUGGAGAAGAUGGGACACCAGGAGAGGAUGGGAGAAAGGGAGACAAAGGUGAUGCAGGACUACCUGGGAGAGAGGGCCGCAGCGGUGCCAAGGGCGAGCAGGGGGACAGAGGUGUGCCAGGCCCCCUCGGCCCCCCUGGCCUCCCCGGUGUCCCAGGGCAGGUUGGCCCCCCAGGCCAGGGCUCCCCAGGCCUCCGUGGGGUGGCUGGACCAAAGGGGGACCCAGGGGAGCCUGGACUGCGAGGGGAGCCGGGGCGACCUGGCAACCCUGGAGCACGUGGAGACCCUGGGACUACAGUGAACAUUGAACGUAGCCUGGAAGCACUUGGCAUCAAGGUUUCAUCCCUGAAGGAGCUCACGGGUGCCUAUGACGGGAGCUCAGACUCGUUUCCACCGGUGGUCGAGCGGCUGCGGGGCCAGAAGGGCAGUCGGGGGGAUCCAGGAGAAAGGGGGCCCCCAGGCCGAGAGGGCUCCUUAGGCUUCCCUGGCGAGCGAGGACCCAAAGGUGACAAGGGAGACCCAGGUACCCCCGGCCCCCAGGGCCCCAUGGGCCGGGCCGUGGGUGAGCGGGGUCCCGAGGGCCCGCCUGGGCAGCCAGGGGAGCCUGGCAAGCCAGGCAUUCCUGGGGUGCCGGGCCGGGCUGGGGAGCUGGGGGAAUCCGGGAGGUCCGGCGAGAAGGGCGACCGAGGCGAGAAGGGUGACCGAGGAGAGCAGGGAAGGGAUGGCUUGCCUGGACCCCCAGGGCCCCCAGGGCCCAAGGUGGACGUGGUGGAGGGCAGCCUGAUGGGCCUCCCAGGUGAACGCGGCCCCCUCGGACCCAAAGGAGCCAAGGGUGAGCCCGGAGCUGAUGGCGAGCGGGGACCCAAAGGAGACAAGGGUGAAGGUGGCUUGAGGGGUGACCGAGGGGAGCCUGGCGAGAAGGGCAGGGACGGCAGCCCCGGUCUCCCGGGUGAGAGAGGGCUGGCAGGCCCUGAGGGGAAGCCGGGCUUGCCAGGCUUUCCUGGCGUGCUGGGACGCCCGGGCAAUCAGGGAGACCCAGGACCCCCAGGACCUCCGGGCAGCGCUGGCCCACCAGGGACCCAGGGCCCAGCUGGUGCCAAGGGCUUGCCUGGCCCCCAGGGCAACAUGGGCCUGCCAGGACCCCUUGGUCCCCCGGGCCCAGGGGGCCCGCCGGGUGUCCCUGGGCUGCCAGGACAAGUGGGGGAGAGCGGGAAGCCAGGCGUGCCAGGCAGGGACGGUGUGCCAGGGAAGGACGGCGAGGCAGGAAUGCCUGGGAAGAUGGGCUUACCGGGACCUUCGGGGCCUGCUGGUCCCAAGGGAGAGCCAGGGGAUGCUGGAGCCCCAGGGCAGGCCAUCACCGGCCCCCCUGGAGCCAAGGGAGAGAAGGGUGAGCCGGCGCUGCUGGAGGGUGUGCUGCUGGGAGAGCCCGGCUCCAAGGGUGACCGAGGCUUGCCAGGCCCCAAGGGUGAGAAGGGGGAGCCAGGAAAGCUUGGAGAGCCAGGAGAUCCUGGGGAAGAUGUGAGUAGAAGGCAUAUUGGGGUGGUGGGUGGAUACUGGGGACAGUGGAUGCUGGUGGGGGCUGGGAUCUGUGCCCCUGCCACCUACUGCCCAGGUCUUCCUGGGGGCUUGGUGUCUUCACAGGGAGCCAAGGGAUCCUCUGGAGCCAAAGGGGAGAAGGGAUCGCUGGGCGUCGGUGCACGGGGACCACCAGGACAGGACGGGCCUCCAGGUUUGAAGGGCAUACAAGGGGCCCCUGGCCUGAAGGGUGACAAGGGUACUCCAGGGGCUGGGCUGCCAGGAGCCAGAGGUGAACGUGGUGACCCAGGACCACGGGGUGAGGAUGGGCGCCCAGGGCCAGAAGGGGAUCGUGGGCCAGCAGGCUUGCCUGGCAACCGCGGGGAGCGUGGGGACAAGGGAGACCUUGGGGCCCCAGGACCCAAAGGAGACAAGGGCGAUACUGUGGUGGUGGAGGGGCCGCCUGGAGCACGGGGCAGCAAGGGGGAGCCGGGAGAGCGUGGCCUGAAGGGCACAGAAGGGGACAAGGGGGACAAGGGGGAGCAAGGCAUGCUUGGAGAGAAGGGCACGAGGGGUGAACAAGGAGAGAAAGGCUCCAUGGGUUUCCCUGGGGCACGUGGCCCUAGCGGGCAGAAGGGAGAGGUUGGAGUGCCAGGAGAGCCUGGAGAGCCGGGCCAGCCUGGCCGUGAUGGCAUCCCCGGGGCCCGGGGGGAGAAGGGGGACAUGGGACCCCUGGGCAUGCGUGGCCUCAAGGGUGAGCGGGGCAUGAAAGGUGCCUGUGGCCUCAAUGGGGACAAGGGCGAGAAGGGAGAGCCGGGGAUCCCGGGGCGCUCAGGACUGUCAGGGAGGAAAGGAGAGCCGGGAGAGCUGGGUCUGUCAGGACCACCGGGCAUUCCUGGAAAGGAAGGGCUCAUGGGACCCAAGGGUGACCGGGGAUUUGAUGGGCAGCAGGGAGCCAAAGGAGACCAGGGGGAGAAAGGAGACCGGGGUGCCCCGGGUGUUAUGGGUGGCCCUGGUCCCCGAGGCAGUGACGGUGCUCCUGGCCCCCCUGGGCCCUCAGGGAGCGUUGGCCCACGAGGUCCAGAGGGCAUGCAGGGCCAGAAGGGGGAGAGAGGCCCCCCUGGGCAGUCAGUGCAGGGUGCACGUGGCAUGCCAGGCAUCCCUGGUGAGAGAGGAGAGCAGGGCAGUCCUGGCCCCCACGGGCUCCGUGGGGAGAAGGGGGAGCCAGGAAUGACGGAGGAGGAGAUCCGUGCCUUCGUCAGGCAGGAGAUGAGCCAGCACUGUGCCUGUGGUGGCCACUUUCCACGGCAUCAGGAUUCACGGUCCUCCUCCACUCAGCCGUUCCUUGCUGGCAGCGCUCACAUAGUUCCUGUGCUCAAGUUAUCACACACAGAGGAGGAUGAGGGGCAGGACAGGCAGAUCAUGCUCGACAAUGACGACCUCGUGUAUGACAGCAUGGAUGGGGAGGAGGAGGACUACGAUGAGGUCCCGGAGGUGGACAGCUUGGAGCAGCCCACAGUGGAUGCUGAGCCCUGCCGGCUGCCGCUGGACGAGGGGCACUGCCAGCACUACACCCUGCGCUGGUACUACAACCAAAGAGUCACCGAGUGCCGGCCCUUCGUCUACAGCGGCUGCCGGGGCAACCCCAACCGCUUCGACAGCAAGGAGGAGUGCGAGCUGCGCUGCGGGCAGCGCCCAGCGCCAGAUUCCCGUGGCAGUGCCGGCAGCAAGGUGGGAGGGCAGCCAAAGGUGUAGAUGCAGGCAGUGUCUCGGCAGGCUGGGCUGCCUGGAACUGGGGCCCAGUGCUGCCCUGGCCGGGGCUGGGCUGCCCGUGCUGGCAGCAGCCUGGACCCACCAGCCCCAGCAGGAACCUGGUGCUAUUUCUAAACUGUCUUUAUGCUGCUCAUGGGUUUUUCAUUUCAUAUCAGUUUAUUGUCAUUAAGGUGAAAUUUAUGUCAAAUGGGAAACUGCCUCCC